UGGCGCCAGUCUGAUUUCACAGCACUUGUACAUUUCACCGCUGAAGUUUCGAGCAGGAAACGUUAUCUGUGUUGUGAGGCGGCUGAAGAGGAAAGCAUGGCCCUAAACGCAGAUGAUGAGGACUUUGAAUGGGAGCCUCCCUCCGAGGCGGAGAUGAAGGUGAUUCAGGCUCGCCGGGAGCGGCAGGACAAGAUCAGCAAGCUGAUGGGAGACUAUCUGCUGAAGGGCUACAAGAUGCUGGGGGACUGCUGUGAACUGUGUGGGACAAUUCUGAUGCAAGAUAAGCAGAAGAAAAAUUAUUGUGUUGCUUGUCAAGAGCUGGACUCCGAUAUGGACAAGGACAACCCAGCUUUAAACGCCCAGGCAGCCUUGUCACAGGUACGAGAGCGUCAGCUUGCGACUCAGCCUCUCCCUGAAUCUAACGAAGCCUCAUCCAGCGAACCCCCUCUCUCCAUCACGGGGCAGCCCCGGCCAGAGCACUGCGAGGGGGCUGCGUCUGGACUGAGAGGUCCCCCUCCUGCCAUACAGUCCACCCCUAUUUCUGUCCCCACUGCCAGCUCCAACUUCCUGCCACCAGCCACCCCUGCUCUCCAGACUGCACCUCCUUUAGGGUCCGUGGCCAACACCCUCCUCAACCACCCAGCCUUGUCAAGCGCAGAGGAGGCAGUGCUACAUAAACUCAGAUGGGCCACACAGGAGCUCCAGAACUCGGUGUCAGUGGAGGCCAGCAUCCAGCUCUGCAGUCUGAUCCGAGGCUGUGCCGAAUCCCUGCGCAGCUUGAAAGAACUGCAGCUCUCAUAAGACUGAAGCACAGACGGAGCUGUAACAGCACACACACACAUAAGGAAAUAUAAGCAGCACUAAUACAUACAUAUAUUUUAUAUAUAUAUAUAUAUAUAUAUGUAUAUGUAUGUAUAUAUAUUUAGUAACAUACUCAACAGAGUGUUUCGGUUGUGUUUGUUUGUUCUAAUGCAGCUGAGUAUGUGACUGUGUCGUGUGUUGAAAUACAUUUCUUGAGCUGCAAAGGCUGGUUUCUUUUUCCUUGAUUUGUUUGUGUUCGAGUUACAAGUUUUAACUGUUUUUCCAUUGCUUUAUGAACUCAUAAUUGGUUGAAAAUCCAAGUUUUAUGAAAGCACCGACUUAAGUUUUGUGACGAUGUUAGAUCAAUUACAGUGGCAGAGAAGUGUUUCAAAGCUGCAACAGAUCCAUUGUGGUGCUAUUAGUGUUGUUUUGUUAACAAAUAACAGCAUUGUAAGUUUGGUACUGUUAGGGGCCAUUCACACAGAAUGUAUUUUGCAUUCCACUGCACUUCCUAUUGCUUUUCCAGCAAUCAUUGCAUAUGUGCCUUUUGCUGCAUCUCACACUAGAUGCCAAGUUAAAAAGUUCAACUUUGAAAGUAUUUAUAGAUCUUGCUUUUUUUUUUAUUACACUGCCUAACGUCUAGGAUUUUUGUAUUCCAUAUCACUGUUUUCCAUCGCUUUUCCAUGUUUUUGCAGCGGAAUGCUUUUCCCCCACAUUCUAAUUCACAUAGAUCACAUUUUUAAAUGCACAAAUGUGUUCUCCUUUUUUGCAUCGAAAAACCUUUGAGUUCCACGGCAGUGCGUUUUGUGGAUGCAUGUUUCCUUUAUAGGGGACAAAAAAAACCUUUUUCUUUAAAUUCUUAGUUUACAUCUUGUAAUUUUGACUUUUUUACUCUGAA